UGCUACUCCUGCAGCAAGGUCUUCCCACUACAUCGCAUGCUGACCCGCCAUUUGAAAUGCCACAGCGCCGUGAAGAAGCACAUCUGCAGGUUCUGUGGAAAAGGCUUCAACGACACGUUCGAUCUGAAGAGACACAUGCGAACACACACAGGCAUUCGGCCCUACAAGUGUGACCUGUGUGAGAAGGCAUUCACACAACGAUGCUCCUUGGAAUCCCACCUGAAGAAGAUUCACAGCAUACACCAGAACUAUGCUUACCGGGAACGGCGAUCCAAGAUUUUCGUAUGUGAGGACUGUGGUUUUACAUCUAAUCACGGGGACACGUACUUCCUGCACAUCAGGGACCAUCACCCUACCAGCCCUUUACUACGCAAGUAUCUGCGCAAGCAAAACUCAUCACUUCAGAACAGAUUAGACAUGCUACUCUUUCCACAUUUUGUCUAGAAACUAGACAAGAAGGAAGCA